UGCCUGGUGUCUUUCUGGGAUUGAGAUGAGAUUCGCAUCAAUGGCCAGAUAUGCAGCGUAUCCUGCAUCGCUGCAUUGGGCAAAAGGAUGGAUACUACCGCCUCUAUCACGCUGGACAGCUUGCAGAACGGCAGGUGGUCGCUGAGGCGCCUAGUCAGCUGUCGGGGCUGGCGCCUGCAUCAGCUUUUGGCCAUGGCGCUAAGCCUGGAGAGUUUCAGUUACCGAUGCGGCUCACGGUCUUGAAAGGAACGCAUCGCCACUUCAAGAGGCUCCAGGUGACUCUUCAGUCCGUCCUGCGCGAGGAUACGUCUCUGCGAAGCAUCGACGAGGUGCAUUCCCAGCUGAAAGUCGCAGGCGCCACCCCGGAAUAUUUGCAGAAGAUGAUCAGGGACUAUUUUCUAAAUGAAGAGCAGCCAUUUCCAGUCAUCGAGGCAUUGGAUGUCAGACUGCUGGCCUGUCACAAUGUCUUGCUGGAAGACUUGUCGCCCGCCAUCCUGGCGGAGUUCUUGGAAAAUCCGGGCCUGCUACAACGUGCGCCAGAUGCGCCCUCAUCAGACCUGGCUGGUGAAAAACGUCGAUGCAUAGAGGAUGUUUGGAUGGACAUGUACGGCGACAGCAAUCUGCCAAUCCUAAAGCCAGAAGCGAAGGCCGACGCUCUCGCAGCUGAUGACGAGAAGACUCAGCGGCGAAGACAGACUCAGCGGCGAAGACAACUUGCCAUUGAGCGCGUCACCAUGGAUUCGGCGAUUUGCAGCUGGCUGGAGCUGCAGCGCGUGCACGAAGAUGCGGGCCGGGCGGGGCAGGGUGGCAUGCAGCAGCGGCUCUGGAAGUCCUGGGUGCCAACGAUCGCCAACUUGAUCGCCGACCCCAAGAGUGCCCUCGCCAAGGGCUCAGGAAGCAGGUCCUUCCUGAAGCUGCAAACCUCGGGCCUGGAGCCGGAGCUGUUGGUGGUGAUCGCCAGCCAGACGCUGCUGAGCUUGCUGUUCUUGCCUGUUUUCCGGCACAAGGACGAGCGCCUGCAGGCAGCGCAGAAGGGCCUCUUCGGGCAAGUGCCCUUCGUCACGGCGGCCACGGCGGUGGGGGAGGCCGUGGAGGCGGAGCGGUGGCACCGGGAGCGCACCAAGCUGCGAGGGGACAAAGACGACAAGCUGAACUCGUUCCACAAGCAAAAGCACAUUGCGGCAUUCCAAAGUCCGACUCGCACAGUCCAAAUUGGCGCUGCCUUGGUCGACCUCCUUCUGGAUCAUGCUAAAGUCAGCCUCCCGGAAAAGGAGUCGGAGGUUCAGGACGGAAGCCCGCGCAAUGGGGAGGGGCCGCGUGUGGUGGAGGUACAGGCCUUCCAGCAUGCCAUGCGCCGGGAGGGAAAGAAGCAGGUGGGGAUCCUCAUGCUGCAUCCACUGAUCCGGGCGCAGAUGGAUGAAGAAGAGCACGUGCUGUCCUUUGCGCAGCUCAAGCAUAAGCCCAUGGUCAUCCCACCUCAGCCCUGGCGGCCAUGUGGGAAGCAACCCCAAGGUCCAUACCUCAUGCAGGGCGCGGAGUUUGUGCGGACCACUUCCCAGUCCUCCACCAACUUGAGGUUCUACAGCCCCACGCGCGCCUGCCAAGCGAUGGACUCGCUGGGCAGGAUGCCUUGGAAGAUCAAUCAGAAGAUCUUGGAGGUGAUGAAGGAGACCCAAGCCCGCGACCUGGGCAUAGCGGACAUCCCCACUCGAAGUGAUCCUGAGGUCCCAAGGAUGUCGGAUGAAGAGCUCCAGGACCUGCCCGAAAGAGAAAGGAAAGAGCUGCGCCUGAAGAUCUACAAUGCAGAGAAGCGCUGCCGCGAGCUGCAGUCGGAGCGGCCCACAUUUCUGCUGAAGUUGCAGGUUGCAGAAGACUUCCGCCACGCAGAGAAGAUCUACUUUCCUCACAAUGUGGACUUCAGGGGGCGGGCCUAUCCAGUUCCGCCUCACCUGAACCACAUCGGCGACGAUGUGAGCCGGGGCCUGCUGAUGUUUGCGGAGCCCAAGGCCCUGGGCCCGGAUGGGCUCUUCUGGCUGAAGGUGAACUUCGCGAACCUGUUUGGCAAGAACAAGAUCUCCUUCGAAGAGCGGGCGGACUGGGUGGACGCGCAGAGGGACUGGAUCCUUGAGGUUGCAGCAGAUCCGCUCAGCCCCAGCAGCGUGGCCAGGUGGUCCAACGCGGAUGACGGGCCUUGGCAGGUUUUGGCGCGGUGCUUCGAGUUUGCGGAGGUCUGGGCUGCCGAAAGUCCCGAGGAGUUCCGGAGCUUUUUGCCGGUGCACAUGGACGGAUCCUGCAAUGGCCUGCAGCACUAUGCGGGCUUGGGUCGCGACCUGGAAGGCGGAAAGGCUGUGAACCUGUAUCCCGCGGACAAGCCGCAGGAUGUGUACACGGUGGUGUUGCAGGUGGUCAAGCAGAAGGUUCACGCUUCGGCGGAAGCCACGCCGGAUGAUGAUGAUGAGGAGGAGGCCGCCAAGCGCCAGCUGUCGCAGCGGCUCAUAGAGUUGGAUGUGCUUCAACGCAAGGUGGUGAAGCAGACGAUCAUGACGAUUUGCUACGGUGUCACCACGGUGGGAGCCAUUCAGCAAGUGCGAGGACAGCUGGAGGACAUGGUGGGGGACAAGGUUGAGGCUGCAGAGAUCCAGAGCCUGGCAAAGUACUUGGCGCAGCUUGUGCUUUCCUCCAUCAAGGAGGUCUUUGCGCAAGCCAAGCUGAUCCAAAACUGGUUCGACCAGAACACCAAGAUCCUCAAUCGCCUACAGGCUCCGGCCUCGUGGAUUUCUCCCAUCGGUCUUGACUGUGUCCAGCCUUACCGCACACCCCACACGGUGAGCGUGCGCACAAGGCGCCAGAACGUGACGCUGAAAACUGGGGAGUCCGUCCUGCUGAACAAGAGCAAGCAGCGCAUGGGCCUGCCGCCCAACUUCAUCCAUUCGCUGGAUGCCACGCACAUGAUGAUGGUGGCGGAGCGGUGCGAAGAGCUGAACAUCGCCUUUGCCGCGGUGCAUGACUCCUUCUGGACGCAUGCGGCUGAUAUAACGCAGCUGAACAAGAUCAUCAGGGAAUGCUUUAUCGAGCUUUACGAGCAGCCCAUACUUGCAGAGUUCUAUGAGGACCUGCACGUUCAUCUCGGUGGGCAAGUUCCACCAGACCUGCCCCCACAAGGCACCUUGGAUCUCAACGUGAUUCGAGACAGCAGGUAUUUGUUUGCAUAGAGCUGAGCUCAGCCAUGGCCAAUUUUUCAGGGAGGUGCCACAGUCAGAGAGGAGAAUUUGGGACCCUCUCC